UAACUAGUUUCUAUCGCUCUAACGUUCAUACAAGUUUUUAAGUCAUCGGGUGUUAAUAGGUUUAUUCAUCAUAUCGAAAUGGACACUUUACAAGUAAAAUAGCAUGUCCGUUGUCAUUUGAUGUACAGAAUGUCAUUUCUUUUGAGCCGAGCGGGCGGGGCUAUGAGCGGUGACUCGCGAGACACCCAAUCGCCCGCCUCGCGACCAACGGCUUCGCCUUCCAACAGAACACCCAGACGCUCGUGUACCUACGGGACGUCCGACACAGAGGAAAAUAGCCUAACUAACCGCUAGUGAACUUAUUUCCUUUUUGAACGUCUGCCCGUACAAUGUGAGAAAAUGGCCGGAACAAGCUCUGAUUGGGUGGAAAUCCUCGAACCAAGAUCCCGUGAGCAUAUGUAUGUGAAUCUGGCCACUGGAGAGUGUGGCUGGGACCCGCCCCCUGGAGCUCCUGUACGCCAGGCGGACGGAAACCAGUGGUGGGAGCUCUUCGACCCACACAGCAACCGUUUCUACUACUACAACUCAGCCGCCCGACUGACCGUUUGGCACCGGCCGCAGGGCGCUGACAUCGUGCCACUCUCACAGCUCCAGGCCAUGAAGCGCUGCACAGAGUCCGAGCACAGGGCAGCUGGCGGCAGAGAGAGGCACAGCAGCCAUGGCAGGCGCACACCCCAGCCGCCCCCUGAGCCCUUCACUACUGAACAUGAAACUACUGAGAAAGAGACCAAAGAGCAGAGCAGAGAGACUGCACAGCCCCAGGAUCCCAGCACGGACAGCAGCAAGAACUCGCUGAGAGAGGAGCACCAGGACCCAGCUCAGACAUGGCAGCCCCCUCCCGGAUCUAAGGCAACUAUGCUAGUUAAGGUGAACAGCAUAGGCCGAAACCAAGCAAAGGGGAACACCUCAGUAUCUUCCCUUCAGCCUCCAGGCCACAGCGCUCACACCAAAGCCAUCGGCCAUGGCACCUGCACUCUCAAUCCUCCGAGUACCAAGCCAGCAGGAUGCCACUUGUUGUGUGUUCAGGCUUAUAAAACUACACCGGCUGGCAAGAUGGCUUCUGACAUGAGGCAGGCCCACCACCUGAGGAAGGCUAGUGAUGGAAGCUUCUGCCUGGUGACUCCCAGUGACCCUGUUGCACACCAGACCACUCUGAGGCCGCAGUCCAGCACGCCAAGGCCAGUGUCCCCUCACUACGGAGCCGCAGCACAUCUGUAUGACGACCCUCCAGUAGACAGCCCAAUUUAUGAUGAGCCUCCAAUUGAUAUGGAAGUGGAGGGUGCUCACCUACAGAAUGGCCUGUCCCGCCACACACACAGCUUCCAGAAGGGUAAGCUCCUUCCACACCCUGGUCACACACACACUGGAUCCAAACACAAGAGGAAUCCUUCUACUCCUGAUUACAGCCCUGCUGGGCUGGAAUGCAUCAAGCACAUGGUAAACGUCGACCCCAAACAGGGACUCCUCCCUGCGUCACCUGUACCCUCUCCUGGUCCCUCACCAACCUCUGCACCUGAGCCAGUGCUCCCUCAGGCCCGAAAAGAACCAGUAAGUCUGGAGAAGAAGCAGUCAUGGAGGCUUCUUGAAGCUGGCGUGCUUCGGGCCAUGGAGGUUCAUCACAGCAGGCAAAGCAGCCAGGCCUCUCAGGACUACUCCACUCCCCCGCCCCCCACGGGCACCUACCAGGACUCAGGCUACUCCACAGGGCCGUCCCCGAGCCUGCGCAGGAAGAGCCGGAGGAGAAUGUGUGGCAUAGCCCAGGGCCGGCCGGGCUCAGUUGGCAGCGCUGGUGAGCUGUCCGCCCUGAACGAGCGGCUCAUGGCUGAGAUGAGGGAGGUGGUGAGCCGUUCCAACACCAUGCGUGAGACCAAGGCAAGCCUGGACUCUGAGAUGCUUGAGGGCUGUUCGGUGCGGCGCGCACACUCUCCGCUAGGCUCCCCCAGGAGGUUUGGUGGUGGAGCAAGGUGCUCCUCAAGAGAAGACAUGACCUCCAGCAGCAGGUCUUUAGGUAGGAUGGGGAACCACGGCAACGUGGCCCUCACCAGCCUGGAGCUCCCUGGACGGCAGAAGAGAACGUAUGAGAAAGUGGACACACUGGAGAAAAGCAUUACUAGCCAAGUUAGUCUCACCUCUCCUGACACUCCUGGACAUCCAACUCAGACAGGAACGCUGGACUUGAAGACACAGCAGGGAAGCAGGAAGAAGGGCGUGGUGGACAGUCGAACGGGGUCUCUCGGGCCCCCGGCUGACGGAGCGGCACGGGCCACAGGUGGAAGCAGCUUCCAUCUCUCCUAUGCCACCCUGCGCCAGCCCCCUCCGCCAGACACUGGCAUGGCCGACUGGGCCAGCAAGCACCUGAACCUGCAUACGCAGGGGCUAUUCCGACGCCGCGUCUCCAUCGCUAAUAUGCUCUCCUGGAACCGAGGCUCCAUCAAGAAGCCCAUGCUGGUGACGAGCGACCGCACAGUGCGUAAGGAGGCCUGCGACAUGUUCAAACUGGUCCAGGCCUACAUGGGUGACCGGCCAUCCCGUCUGGACCGUCGACACGCCGCCCUCCUCAUUGUCACCAAGUGCUGGGGCAUGCAAGGCCUCCGGGAUGAGCUCUAUGUGCAGCUGGUGCGUCAGACCACCGGGAACAGCAGUCCUCGCAGCCUGGCCGCUGGAUGGGAGCUCAUGGCUGUCAGCCUGGCUUUCUUCGCCCCUUCACCAAAGUUCUGCUGCUACCUGGAAGGUUAUAUCCAACGCCACAUGGACCCCACCAAUGAUAAGAAACUUACUCAGUACAUACUAGACCAACAAGACUUCAAGAAGAAGAACUCAAAGUCCAGAAAGAAGAGGAAACAGAAUACAGAAGAGGAAGACAGUCUCCCCAUCAGCACAUACGCCAAGUACUGCUACCGCAAACUCCAGAAAGUGGCCGUGACUGGCGGGAAGAAGGGUCUGUGUAAGCCCACCUUGGAGGAGGUGGACCACAGCAGGAGAGCCAUCAUCACGCCAUCCUUGUUUGGCAGCUCACUCGAGGAGGUGAUGGAGAGGCAGAGUGAGCUCUUCCCAGACAGGAAGCUGCCUUGGGUGCAGGUGCAGCUCUCGCAGUACGUCCUGGCUCUGGGUGGGGCGCAGACGGAGGGAAUAUUCAGGGUUCCUGGGGAUAUUGAUGAAGUCAAUGCCCUGAAGUUACAGGUGGAUCAGUGGAGGAUUCCAGAAAACCUUUCCGAUCCCAACGUUCCUGCCUCUCUAAUGAAACUGUGGUACCGGGAGCUGGAAGAUCCCCUGAUCCCUAUGAGUUUCUAUAAGCAGUGUGUGAGUAACUGUGACGACCCAGUGGCAGCCAUCAGUGUGGUCCAGUCCCUACCAGACCUUAACAGACUGGUGCUGUGCUACUUCAUCCACUUCUUACAGGUGUUUGCUCAGCCUGCCAAUGUUUCUGUUACCAAAAUGGAUGUGAACAACCUGGCGAUGGUAAUGGCCCCCAACUGCCUUCGCUGCCAGUCAGAUGACCCACGUGUCAUAUUUGAGAACACACGGAAAGAGAUGGCCUUUCUGCGCAUGCUCAUCGUGCACCUGGAUACGAGCUUCAUCGAGGGCAUCGUGUAACACUCCCUCAUCACAUAUGGCUAGUAAACAACCAACCCCUGUGCAAAUCAAGGCCACAACAUCCUAGAACCCAAAAUUGCUCUUUCUGAAUGUUGAAUGUGUUGAUAUAUGUGCUGUCCACGGUGAUGUAAGGAAUUUUGUAUGCCCCGAUUACCCUGGUGACACCAGUCAGCACAAGCCCUGACACACCAAUCAGCCAUUUUAAAUACAGUCUGUUUGUCCAUCUGCAAGCAGAACCAGACCAGCACCUCAUCACUGAGGUUUGAUAAGAUUCCAGGCUGUAGUACAAAAAAACACAUGGCAUGCAAGAGAGUGAGAGUUCAGGUCUAACUUUUUUGUGUUAAAGCCUAUUUGAAGUCUUUAUGAGCAUAUAAAGGGGGCAUUUUGGCAGUUCUUUACAGUGCCAGUAGAGCUAGUGACAGAGUAGGCACAGUCAGUGGGGGGACUUAGACAGCUUUCCUUUUACACUGGUGAGUGGUUUAAAGAAAGAAUUAUAUAAUUUGUUAAUGUGUACAAAACAAAUAGAAUGAAAUCUAUUAACUGUUGUUUGUUUACUAAUGAUCUGUUAUUGCAUUAAUUAUGGUAAGGAAGUGAAGAAUAAAAAGUAUGUUUCAUUAGAUUAGUAAAACUUUUGAUAUUUCAGGUUCGUAAAAUGUAAUAUUAGAUAUUUUAAGCAAUAAGCAUUUUCUACUGCACUCUUUUAUGGAAUGUUUUUGAACUAGAAACAGGCAUUAACGUUGACAGCAAUGUACUGACAAUCAGAAAGAUCUGUUGAGCUAUGAUAUACUCUUAAUCUUUCUGGGGUGUUUCGGGGAGUAUGACAUAAUCUUAAAUGUUUUGGACUGUAUGACAGAAUCUUAAUUGCUCUGGGGUGUACUUUGAAUACUCAUGGCUUCCAGGUUGCCUGUUGCAUCUGUAUAUGUUAUCUUAAAGGAUUUUCUGUGAACUAGUGCAUUGAAGACAUACAUUUGAUUGAUUUAACAUUGUUAAACAUGACAUUGAAUCAGCAUUACUGGAAUAUGACAUUUACUCUUUGUUUUCAGUGAAAAAUACAUUUAUGGAGUGUCGAGCUACAGUUGUAUAAAUGAAGUUUUUAAUGAUUUUGUGAUAAUUGCAGUGUUAUCCAUUGUGGUUUAUUUUGUGUAAAUAAAGCAUGUAAAUAUUAGUGAAGAUUUCUGACUGAUUUUAAAUGAUAAUGUGGUGGUAGUAGUAGUAGUAGUAGUAGUAGUAGUAGUAGUAGUGGUGUUCCAAUAAUAGAAAAAAAGACACUAAUAUUUUUUUUACUUAAAAUUCAGUAAAAUGUUAUUGCCACAUGUAUGAUUUAAAUUUACCCCCAAACAACUGUUUGUGUGUGUAUGUAUUUCGGUGUGUCUUUAUGGAAUAAUUGUCCAAAAAAUUAAAGUUUCUAAAUUGUU